AUGAUGGUCGGAGAGAUGGGUGGAUGCGCUGUUUUCUCUUGUCCCCCUGGCUUGUUGCCGUUUAUUAUUGGCGUUUUUGAAGAAAGCGAACUGACAGACGUUGCAGUACCUGGAGUACCUACAUUUGGAGCCCAGCCACCAUCGUCGGUAGCAGAUUUGGGUGUCCGGACAGUAAUUGAUUACUUUGGUCUCUUUUGUGAAAACAAUAAAUUGAUGGCCUCGAUAUAUCCACGUGGAAUUGCUAUUGGUUUCUCUCUUGUGGGUGCAGAUGGUUCAUUAAACGGGAAAAAAGCACCUGCCACCUCUAUGCUAUGGUAA